AUGGCGCGGGUGCUGGUGGUGGGUGCGGGGCUGACGGGAGGUGCCUGCGCGGCGCUGCUGCGGGGGGCGACGUGGGAACGGCUCUGCGUGUGGGACAAGGCGCGCGGCGCAGGGGGCCGCAUGAGCACGAGCCGCAGCGCGCGGGACGCCUCCUGCACUGCCGACCUGGGCGCGCAGUACGUCAGCCGGCGCGCGGAGUCGCGCGGCAGUUUCUACGAGGAGCUCCUGUCUCGUGGCAUCCUGGAGCCGCUGUCUGCGCGCAUUGAGGGAUUGGCGGAGAAAGAGGGCAGCUGUGACUACGUGGCGCCUCAGGGCAUCUCCUCCGUUGUCAAGUAUUACUUGCUGCAGUCCGAUGCAGAUGUCUGCUAUGAACGCCACGUAACUCAUAUCUCUCUGCGAGAUGGGAAGUGGGAAGUCUCCAGCAAAAUGGGAUCACCGGAACUGUUUGAUGUAGUCAUUCUCACUAUGCCUGUUCCACAAAUCCUUCAGCUGCAGGGUGACAUUGUAAACAUAAUUAAUGAAAGGCAAAAGCAGCAACUGGAAUCAGCAAGCUACUCCUCCCGCUAUGCUCUGGGACUUUUUUAUGAAGUCGGUGCACGGAUUGAUGUCCCCUGGGCUGCAAAGUACAUCACCGAUAAUCCCUGCAUACGCUUCAUCUCCAUCGAUAAUAAGAAACGCAAUGUAGAGUCACCUGAAAUUGGACCCUCUGUUGUAGUUCAUACAACGGUGGCGUUUGGAAAAGAGCAUCUGGAUUCACAUCCUGCAGAGGUGCAGCAGCUAAUUCUCAGCCACCUGGAGAAUCUUGUGCCCUCCCUGCCCAAAGCAGCUAGUGUAAAGUGUCACAAGUGGAGAUACUCACAGGUUACAAAAGCAGUGCCCAAUUGUUCAGGACAAAUGAUUCUUCAUACUCAACCUCUCCUGAUUUGUGGGGGCGAUGGAUUUACUUGUUCCAACUUUGAUGGCUGCAUAGAGUCUGCCAUGAGUCUUGCAGAGACUGUGAGGUCUAAUUUAUAACUGUUGCUGUUCACUGCUAAACAUAGUCUAGAUUUAUGAUUAAUUUUUUUUAUGAUGGAUUGAAUUUUAGUUUAGUAUGAAAGCCACUGGCUUCUAUCUUGCAAAAAAUAAAGUAAUAAAGGAAGAUCUAGUGGUGUUCUGUAAUAAUUACUGAAAUGGAAUUUAAAUGAAUUUUC